UGUGUGCCGCGUGGAGUGGGUGUGUUGGCAGAGCAUAGCAGACGGGCUGCAUACCUGGAGGUGAAAUACCGAAUUUUACAUUAAAUUCAGCGCUUUGGAAUUGCUUACAAAUCGUUUGUCUCUCCUGUAAUGUGCUUUACUCAUGAGACCACUUUAAACUGAAGCACUUUCUCCAUGAGUUCCACAAGAGUUCUUCAUAUCCUCAGUCCCCCAAUGCCGGGUCCAGUUAUGCCCGCGGAGGUGGCUGUGCAGCUGUACAUUACUCAUUCUCCCCCACUACGCAACUUCCUAAGCUCUUAUGAAGACUACAGGACUCGCAACCUGGUCAAAACCUGCUACAAACCCCUGCGGCCCUGCUUGAGCUCCAGUGCCCACCUGGAGCCCCACUGUCUGGGCUGGCAGAAUCCAAAAUCCAAGGCCAAGAAGAAGGUUGUGUUUGCCGAUUCAAAGGGUAUGUCGUUAACAGCGGUGCAUGUCUUCUCUACUUUCGAUAAUAGAGAACCCGUUACAUCCGAACUGCAGUUUGACCUGGAAGACGUAGAGGACGUCACAGCCACUCUCCAUAUAAAUUCAGUUCAGAGCAGAAUUCUAGACUUUCCGCAGCCAGCGGCAGACUAUCUGGAUUUCCGUAGUCGGUUGCUGAAGAAUUUGGUUUGCUUGGAGAACUGUACUCUACAGGAGCGGGCCCUCACCGGCACGAUCAAAGUGCGCAACGUGGCCUACGAGAAGUCUGUUCAUGUGCGGAUCACUUUCGACACCUGGAAAAGCUUCCAGGAUGUGGAAUGCACAUUUAUGAAUAAUGUCUAUGGUUGCCAGGAUACAGACACAUUCUCGUUUGCCAUUGAAUUACCUGGGUAUGUGGCACCUCAGAAUAAGGUAGAAUUCUGCAUCAGCUACACAACUGGAGAGCAGACCUACUGGGACAACAAUGAUGGCAAAAACUAUGGACUGGUCUCAACAUCUUGGCAACAAAACAAUAAAUGGAAUUCCUCAACGCAGGGGAAGAAACCAAAUGAAUCCAGGAAAUUUGUCAGGAAAGCACAAGACAAUGAAGUUUAUAAAUGUAAAAGUCCUACACAAUCCAAUGGCAUUUUUCCAAAUUGGCAGAGUUGGGGGAGCAUUGCAAUCAGCAGCCCCUACUGGUGACUUGAGCAGACAUAAUUAACUAUCCAAAAGUGUUGAAAGCUUUUAGAAACGAUAUUUCUCUCGGUAUGACAACAGAAGAAGAUUAACAUUCUCUUAAAAGCUCUUAAUAUGAUUUAUCUGCUGAUUACAAGUAGACCUUUACCAGAUUAAAGCGGGAACAGAGGCUGGUUGAAAUGACAUGUUGCUGCAGUGCAAUACAGAAUGUUUUUUUUCUUUUGUUAAAGUAAAACGUAUGUGAUGACCCCUUUUCCUGAAGAGCCGGACACCUCUGUAAACUAGACCACUGGGGGUCUAGAGUAAACACUAUAUAACUGCUUUGUCGGUUUGUUGUAUAAAAUGUGCCUUUGGUUUGUCUGUGCUAAGAGAAUUUUUGUUAAAUUGCUGCCAUUGUGUGCCACAUAUGCAGACUGUGCACUAUAAAAAAUGAAACCAAGUAAAAAUCAACAAGAGGAUUUACCUAAAGCCUGUGUCUCAAUAGACAAUUUUCUAUGGAGCUCCUAAAGGGACAUGGUGAUGAAAAUAUGAGAUGGGAGGAAAAAAUAUAUUUAAAUGUUUUUGCUUUCGCUAGCAAAACCUUUCCGUUCCCAAACAUUUGGAAGAGAACACAAAAACAUAAACAUAUAUUAACAUAUUUUUCCUCCCAUUUCAUUUUUUUUUUCCUAUCAUGUCCCUUUAGGUGCUCCAUAAUUUUAGCUGAUUUCCAGUUGAAGAGUUUAUUACGGAAGAGAUGAACUGUUGGUGUGCAACCAGUGAGAUUAUUCUUCAUAUUGAAGGGGUAAACUUUAACUGGUUACUUUUUUGGAGGAAAAAGAAAGAAAUAUUAAUAUUUAUCAUAUUUAAUAUGUACUUCUUGAAUAAAUCAGCCUUAAAAUCAAUUUGGUUUAGAUAAUUUUGUUUAUCAAGCUUUUUAUUUGCAAUAUGUGCAUAUGUUUAGGUGUCUCUUUUAUUCAUGUUUGUUUGGGAUGUGUUAGAAAUGGAAUUUAAUGCAAUUGAAUGUAAUAAGCUAAACAAAUGGCCUGAUAAUGUUUUCUGUGCCUUAGUAUCUGAGCAAAUGUCAGGAAGUGUUGAUUUAUUGGUAAUUUUUUAAUGUUUUAAGUGCAAUUCAGUGAAUAUGAGUGGAAUUGGUUGUGAUGUCAUGUAUGAAUCAGAUGUGGUGAUAAGAAUGGCUGUAUUUUAUUAAAGAAAGAAUGGAUUCCUUGGUAAAUGAGUAUGUAUUUGAUGUGAUUUUUUCUAAAAUAAAAUUAAUAAAAAUCCA